AUGUGGAUCGACGCAACUUGUCGAGGGGACGGAUGGUUUCCUACCAAAAAUAGUGUGCUAUGCUCAAGACACUUCACAGAAGACAAUCUUCAUAUUAUGAAAAAACGUAGAAGGCUGUUGGAUUCCGCUAUACCAUCUCUAUACUUGCCAGUUUUGGCACCCAUCCCUACCAUAGGUUCAAGUGCAGAUAUUGCAGCUAAAAAUUCGGAAAUUCCUGUGGCCGGCACAUCUUUGAAAAAACGGUAUGAUUAUAAAAAUAAUUAA